AUGUGCAACCGAAUCAUAUGCCACAAGCUCCACUGCGACGUCCGCGGCGUCAUCACCACCUCGGAGCCAAUCUACGACGCCGACGUUAACGGCCCCAUCGUCAGCGCCCACCCCAGCCCCCAGCCCUGUACCUGCCCAAGCGACCCAACCAUCAAGCCGCGCCUGAAAUGCACCUACGGCCACCGGUGCUGCUACAUGGCCGUGCGGAUCCUCCCCUGCGCGGACGCGACGUGCACGACACCCACGGAACUCCACAAGUACGAGCCUCGGACGGGGACAGUCUGGGAGCCACUGCCCGAAAUCGACAGCGACCCCCUCCCACCAGCCACGGGAGUCCCCGCUCAAGGCCCCCCAGCAGCAGUAAUCCCGACCCGCGGCCCGGAGGGCGGCCUCCUGCGGGCAGGGGACCGGAUCCAGACGCUCUCGGCGCAGAUGCACGCCGUGGGGGCGGCGAUUCGGAGGCGGGAGGCGCACCUGGGCGGCGUGGGGCACGGGAUCUGCGUCGCCAUCGAGGCGGACUGGGAGCGGACGAGGCGGUAUCCCGGCGAGCCUCGCCGGGUCCGGUGUAACGCCGAGAUCGAGGCCAGGAUGCUCAGAGAGGAGCUCAAGGAGUUGCAACUGGCGCAUGGAAGUGCCGUUGUUGCGUUGGGCACUCGAGGUUAG